AUGGACAAAAUCAACUCGCUCCUGAGCCCUAUUGGAUACAGCAACAACAGUUGUGGCUAUUGCCACAGCAAAUCUGGAAGCUUUUCAUAUUACGCAUCGACAACCUCCUUGAGCACUGGGUUCUAUCAAUGUCUACUUAAUCGCGGUUGGAGAAGGUCAGGAAGUUUGCUCUACAAGCCUGACCAGCUGGCAUCAUGUUGCCCUCAAUACACAAUUCGUCUCGAUUCCGAGCUCUUCCAUGCUUCGAAAGAUCAACGGCAGGCUCUGAAUCGGUUCAACAAGCAUAUCCUUGGCGAUUCUUACAUCAAAGACACGGCAAAGUUCUAUCCUAGGUCACGCGAGCAAGCCAAGAAGCGCAACACCGACUUUGAUUUAGUGGAGCGGGUUCAUGAAGGCGAAAAGGGACACCUGAAAACCCCGCCUGAGCCUUCAUAUUCCUUGACAGUCACGCUCGAGCCGGAUGAGUUCACGGAGGAGAAAUAUGUCCUGUUCGAGAACUAUCAACGUCUGGUUCACCAUGAACCUCCACACCGAAUAUCGAGACCGGGCUUCAAGAAGUUCCUCUGCAAUUCUCCACUGCCUCGGUCAGCAGAGAAGUUUGAUGGUCGGGAACGCCGAUUGGGAUCAUACCAUCAAUGUUAUCGAAUCGACGGGACACUUGUCGCCAUUGGAGUACUUGAUCUCCUUCCACAAUGCGUUAGUGCCGUGUACUUUAUCUAUCACGAAUCUGUCCAUCAGCAUGGCCUUGGAAAAGUUGGUGCUUUAAGAGAAAUUGCCUUGGCAAAGGAAGAAGGAUACAAGUGGUGGUAUGCAGGAUUCUACAUCCACAGCUGUGUCAAAAUGAGAUACAAAGGAGACUACACGCCUCAGUACAUGCUGGAUCCUGGGUCCUACAACUGGGAUCCGCUGGACGACGAGAUGAAGAAAAGGCUGGAUAGCAAGAAGUUUGUGAGCCUUUCACUUGAACAAGCAGCGUCUUCGGCGGUAGCGCCCCUAACCCCAACACCUGCGAAUCCAACCGACGACUCCACAGAUACGGAUAUGGAUGACCCAGACUUCGAUGGACAAUCUAAUGAGGAAGACGGACCUGUACCAGACCCCGAAAAGCCUAUCUUCGAACGAUCAAUCCCCGGCAUACUCACGAAAGAGCAGAUAUUCGCUGAAGUUGACCUCGAUCACAUCAAAAUACGUGUCCGAGACACAGAAGCAGAGACUGGGGACCUUGUGAGUUGGGAAACGAGCGAUAUGGGGAGCACGCGUUCUAUCAAGGGAAUCAUUGCUGAACUGGUGGCUGCUGUAGGAGCGGAGGCUGCUGGAGAUAUGGUUGUUUACUUCAGUUAA